UCAUUUUCCAUUUUCUAUCUGCUUUGUGUUUGGUUUUGGUUCGGUCUUGUGCGCCUCAGAAAUCGACAUGUAAAUGCAGCUAUCGACUUGUGUCGUACGAACUGUCAAUCAUCUUCUUCUCCGUCAACUUUUCUCGUAAUAAACUCUGGUCCCCAUUGGAAAAUUUUCCCCUGCCUCGGUUUCGUCGAUCUUUUCCCAUAUAUAUAAACCUCAAGGUGAUUUACUCUCACCAACCUUCUCUAAUAUCAUCAAGAGAGAUUCUUGGUUCACUUUGCAUUGGAUUCUAGGCGUCUUGGUUUCUGGGUUUCUCUCUGAUUGUUCUAAGAAUGGCUACUGCUGUGUUUCACCAAUCCAUUGGAACUCACCAGUCCCAUGGACAUCUCUAUGACUCUGGCAUUCAUCAAGAGUUGGGAAAGAGUUCAGUGAGAUUAAUUUCAAAGGCUUUUGAUGUUAAUGUUGGACUGUCAAAAAGAGUAUGCUAUGACUCUGGUAAGAGAAACAUUGGUGUUAUUAGAGCUUCGAGUUCCCAAACUUCAGUGAUUGAUCAUGUUUCGUCCCCCUCAAAGAACAAAGAAAGUGAUUCACGAAAGAAAUCCAAUGAAGCAGCUUUGAUUUUGAUUAGGCAUGGUGAAUCACUGUGGAACGAGAAGAACUUGUUCACUGGCUGUGUUGAUGUGCCUUUGAGCAAGAAGGGUGUAGAAGAGGCAAUCGAAGCUGGCAAGAGAAUCAGCAACAUACCUGUCGACAUGAUCUAUACAUCUGCACUGAUUCGUGCACAGAUGACUGCCAUGCUUGCCAUGACACAGCAUCGUCGUAAGAAGGUGCCAGUUAUGUUGCAUAAUGAAAGUGAACAGGCCAAGUCAUGGAGCCAGAUAUUUAGUGAAGACACAAAAUUGCAAUCCAUCCCUGUGGUAGCAGAUUGGCGCUUGAAUGAAAGAAUGUAUGGGGAAUUACAGGGUCUCAAUAAACAAGAAACAGCAGACAGAUAUGGGAAGGAACAAGUUCAUGAGUGGCGUCGGAGUUAUGAUGUACCCCCUCCCAAUGGUGAGAGUUUGGAAAUGUGUGCUGAAAGAGCUGUUGCUUACUUUAAAGAUCAAAUUGAACCCCAACUGUUAUCUGGGAAGAAUAUUAUGAUUGCUGCCCAUGGGAAUUCAUUGAGGUCGAUUAUCAUGUAUCUGGAUAAGCUAACUUCCCAAGAGGUUAUUAGUUUAGAACUGUCAACUGGAAUACCGAUGCUUUACAUUUUUAAAGAGGGAAAAUUCACUCGAAGGGGAAGUCCUGCGGCACCUACUGAGGCUGGGGUUUAUGCCUACACCAAGAAGUUGGCCCUUUACAGGCAGAAGUUAGAUGAGAUGGUUCAUUAGUGUCAUAUAGUACAGGUAAUCCAUCAUAUGCUCUCAAAGUUGAAAACCAAAAUUGCUGGUUUUCUUCUUCUUUCAAAAUUUCAAGUAGCUGGUGCAAGUUCUCUCUCAGGGUUGUUUGUACCAGUUGGUGUGUCAUUUUUUUUUUUUAAAGUUAUCCAGAUAUAUGAAAUAUAUGUUGCAGCUGUGAAGCAGUUAUAGCCUCUGUCCUGGCUACUUCUGUAUGUGUCUAGCAAAGUUAGUUUUAGUCUAGAAGAGAGUUCAGUUUGUCCUUGUCUGUUGUUAUUACUCGUAAGUUGUAAUCCUGUAACUGAUAGGACUGAAAUAAGAAUGUACCUUUUGUAUCUUUUG